AUGUCUAUCUUUGCCUGCCUGUUGCCGCUGCCUUAUGCCACGGCCGGUGGCAAGCACAACCACAGCGGUGUCAUUGCAGACGCCGAGCUAAGCGCCUCGGAGCGUAAUCGUCGCUUGAUACCCUAUAUGGCCUUCUAUUUGCCCGCACCCGAGCUGCCCAUCAAUCAACAAUAUGCUGUCAAGCAUGCCUCAGCCGCCGGUGGCUCACAGCUGCUGCCGCCCGCCGCCGCUGGUGCAGCGCCUAGUCGCAUACCAGUGCCCGUUGCCUACAUGCCACAGACGCAUCCACAGCAGCCGCAUCAUCAGACGCCGCAUUAUCAGUCGGGCGCAGCGGACGUGUAUCAUACGCUGGCGGUGCAGCAUGGCCCGCUGCCACCGCUGUCACCUGUGCACGGCAAGGAGACGCCAUCGCCGGGCGCCACAUUUAUUGCCUACAAACCAUUGAGUCCAGCGCACAAGGCAACGCAGAAUACGCUGCCGGGACACUUUAUACCCAUUAUUUAUACGCCGCUGAGCAAGCCGAACAGCAACAACAACAACAACAACGACAACAAUGAGCUGCAUAACGGCAAUACAAUCAAUUACAACAAAAAUCAGUCGCCAUCUGAAAUUGUCUACCAUAAAAAUUCGCAUCAAACACAAAUUGUUACGGAUUAUGCAGGAGAUGUGCCCUCAGCAGCCGGAGUUGCCGCCUCGCCGGAUUCACAGUCAUCGGGGGAGGCGCAGCCGGAGGAUGCGGUGCAUGCGACGCCGAGAUAUUAUGAAACUUCAAGACAUAAAUAUUGGCCUGCUAUAGUAGUUAUCUGCCCAAGGGAGCUGUCCCUUAGUAGAGCUUUCACUGUAUGCACAACUCAUACGCUUUUGCAUGUGCCCCGCAGCGUUGGCUAUAGCGUGUACAAUGAGCCAGCCAUUGUGUCAUCAGCCACUGUCACCACAUCCGCCGCCUCAUCGACAUCCACAAACCCACAAAACGCAUUGAUAGCACACCAAAAGUCGCCGGCAUAUGGACACGUGAGCAAAUACGAGAGUUACUUUAACAUGUCGCCGGAUCAGCAGCAGCAGCAACAGCAGCUGACUCCGCAGGAAAAGUACGUGCUCUACUUGCAGCAGCGCAUGAAGCAACAACGCCAGCAGCAACAGCAGGAGCGCUUAUUACACCAUCAUCAACAACAACAACAGCUGGCGCAAAGCAAUACGAAAGCUGGCAAACAUCCACACAGUCACCCACAUACGCCAACUGCAGCACCACCUCCACCACCACCAACACCAUCCCACCACAGUCAGUUACACAAUUACAAUGAGGUUUUCGUGCGCCCGGAGGCGGCACAGACAGCGCAGCAGCAACAGGUGCUGCAUAUUCCAUUGCGCGCCCUCAUGGGUCAACUGCAUGAGCAGCCAAAGGACUCGCUGCUCGGCUCACCCGCACCGCCCCACUUCAUCGAUUACCUCAUCGAUGGACCGCGUCAGUCACUGGACGAGGAACAGCAGCAGCAGCAGCAGCAACAACAACAGCAGCUGCAACAGCUGUCGCAUCAGGAGCACUCUCAAGCCGCACCCUCGCAUCCUCCACAGCACGCCUACAUUUUGGUAACCACCUCAGCGCCCUACGCGGAGCAUUCGCAGCCACCCCGACUGCCUAAUUUACAACCCACCCGUGCACCUGUGCUAUACAAACAGCAGCCCACGUUGCGCCUGCAACCGGUGCCGCCUGUGUACAAGUAUCACGCCACCCGGCGGCCAGUCUAUAUCAGUCCGCCCACGCCCAGCGAGACGGUCAAGAUUACGCCCAAGUAUGUCUAUGUGACCAGUAAGCCGCGGCCGUCGCCGCCGCCACAAUCUGUCCACAGCGAGUCGCCCCAAGCGCCGCCUAUUAAGCUCAAACCCGUCCACAAAUACACGCCAGAGCGUCCGCCUGCUUCGGCACGACCGAGUCAGGUGUUCAACACGCCGGAUGAUGCGGAUCAGCUGCCCGACAUACGCACCUCCUCGCUGGCAGAGAUUCUGCAUAAGCUGCAGGCGAGCAACCACCUGCCACAAACUCUCACACCCGAUAACAUAGACAACUCCAUCAAGACGCUGAUACGCAUCCUGCAAAAUCUGAAGCAGACCCAAACAAUUGUACCCAAUCCUCCCCAGCAUCAUGACACAAAACACAGCAGCAGCAACAGCAACAGUCCCGACUAUGAUUACAACACGGCCAGCGAAGAGGAACAGCAGCACACGCCGGCAAAAGUGGCGGGCAACGUCGAUGCGGAUCUGCUGCAGCUGAGCGGACCAAAUAAACAUCCGGGUCCUAGCACUGGACGUGCCGGCAUUGAUUAUCCCAACUACGCGGAGAUUCCAAAGACCAGCUUCGAGUGCACGCAGCAGCGUUACAAGGGUUUCUUUGGCGAUCCGGAGACCAAUUGUCAGGUGUGGCACUAUUGUGAUCUCAAUGGAGGCAAAGCCUCAUUCCUAUGCCCCAAUGGCACCAUCUUCAGUCAGAUUGCGCUGACCUGCGAUUGGUGGUUCAACGUGAAGUGCUCAACCACUUCGCAAUUAUAUGUGCUAAAUGAGCGUCUGUACAAGUAUAUACUGCCCUUUAAUCCUAAAUUCCCCGAGGAUUACAAUGGACCCAUUGUGGAUAAAUAUCUGGCCAUGAAGUUCCAGGAAAUGGAGGAGAAAAUGCGCCUGGAUAAGCAGCGCAAGGCCAAUCAGCAGGCGGAAAAGCCGGCAGCCCGCGACGAGGCAUCUACGCCCACAUUGCCCAAGAACCACAAGCCGUCACCGAAGCACGGCAGCGGCAUCAAUGCUCAGGUCUAUGAGCAGAGCUCGGAGCGCAAUCUUCUCAUCGAUGAUGAGAUUGAUGACAUUUCGGAGCGCGGCACCUACGACACAUACGGCCAGGCGCCAACCACUAUAAUGGCGCCCAUAACAACAACAACGGGCCAGGACACGCAAACGCUUGGCCUGAGGCCCAUAGUCGUAUCUUCCACACCGGAGCCAGAGCCAGUGCUGGAGCUGGAGCUGGAGCCAGAGCCUUUGCCAGGUGCCGAUCCCGAGCUGGAGGCUGACACUGAGGUGGAUGGCGAUACGCUAGAGAGCAGUGAGGAGGUGAACAGGCUGCAGAGUUUGCGGGACACAAAUACGGCCGCCGGUCAAAAACAGCUCGAGACGACAAAAGUAAGCGUCGAGAAGCUGGAGGUGAUUGAGAUUAAAACGGACGGCACAACCGGACACCUAAUGCCCAUCGUCAGCGGCAUGGCGGAGAGCAGUAAGCAGGCGAGAAAGUGACAGGGGGAGCAACAAUAAGAGAGCAAUAAGCCUGGUAGGGAAUGCUUGCCAUAUUUGUAAUGAGAGAAUUCUUGUACUUGUUCGUUUGUUGAUUUUUGGACGCCUUUAAAUUAUUCUUAGCGAGCGAUUACUGUAAAUAGCUAAAACUGUA